CCUGCCUCGUGGUAAGGGCCUCUCCAGGUUUCCUCUGGUUCUUCAUCUUCAAAAUUUCCUUCGUUUCUUGUUCAUUACAAGAAAACACUUGUGAAAUUUGGAGUCCGAGGCUUAGGCUAAGGCUAACUUCUGCAAGAACUGGCUAACUCUCAGGGAAUUCUGGAGGAAAAUAGUGAUUGUAGUAAUCAAAGGGUGGUUCUCGCCCUAUAUGAGGCCUUAACCUCUCGAAACGUGAACACUGUUCACCAAAUCCUCGCUCCCGAUCUCGAGUGGUGGUUCCAUGGUCCUCCCUCCCACCAAUUUCUGAUGCGCCUUCUCACUGGAGCUUCAUCCAACGGCCAAUCUUUUCAGUUCGUUCCUCAAUCAAUCACUUCCUUUGGUCCCACCGUCCUCGUUGAAGGCUGCGAUCCUACCCGUUCAAUCUCCUGGAUCCACGCCUGGACCAUCACUGAUGGGAUAAUCACUCAGGUUCGCGAGUAUUUCAAUACCUCCCUUACUGUUACUCGCCUCGGUAACUCAACCGACUCUCCGUCGUCCUCCGUCGCGUCGGAGAUUUCCUCUGCCUCGUCGCUGCACCAUUGCCCUUCUGUUUGGGAAAGCAGCCUCUCCAAUCAGGUCGGGAAAUCGGUGCCUGGGCUCGUCUUGGCCAUUUAAUCGGUUUCUCUGAUCCGGUGCGGCCGUUUUCUCUUAUAACUAAANAAA